AUCGUCGAGGAGGAAGCGAAGAAGGAGCUGGAGGAGAACAAGCGCUCGCUGGCAGCACUGGAUGCACUUGAUACGGACGAUGAGAACGAUGAGGAGGAGUAUGAGGCCUGGAAAGUACGUGAGCUGAAGCGCAUCAAACGGGACCGCGAAGAACGAGAAGCCAUGGAGAAGGAGAAGGCAGAGAUCGAGCGCAUGCGGAACCUGACGGAGGAGGAGCGCCGCGCCGAGCUUCGGGCCAACGGCAAGGUCAUCACCAACAAGGCGGUGAAGGGCAAGUACAAGUUCCUGCAGAAGUACUACCACCGCGGCGCCUUCUUCAUGGACGAGGAUGAGGAGGUGUACAAGAGGGACUUCAGCGCCCCGACCCUCGAGGACCACUUCAACAAGACCAUCCUGCCCAAAGUCAUGCAGGUGAAGAACUUCGGGCGCUCGGGGCGGACGAAGUACACGCACCUGGUGGACCAGGACACCACCUCGUUCGACUCGGCCUGGGGCCAGGAGAGCGCGCAGAACACCAAGUUCUUCAAGCAGAAGGCGGCGGGCGUGCGGGACGUCUUUGAGAGACCCUCGGCCAAGAAGCGAAAAACCACCUAA